AUGGCAUUGAUUUUAAUUACUCGUUCCAGCAAUCAGGCAGCACGUAAAGCUAUACGCUACAAUAAAGUACCCACCAAUAAUCGACGAAGAAAUCGCAUUACUUCCUCCAGUACUCUGCUGAAAGUAGACGCAGAAGCCAAUAUCGAUGAUGAGGAUAUAGAAGAUGAUGAAGAAGAGGAAGCGACUGUUGAAUACUAUGACGAAGAAGAAGAUGAGGAAGAAAUUUAUGAAAGAGAUAUGCAGCAAUGUCAAACUCAAACGCCAAUUCUUGCUGAAGAUGAUGAUGGCGAUGAUCGACAAACAAAAUUAUCGCCUCAGGGGUCUGAAGAACAAGAACUGCAUACAUUUGUGAGAGUGCCCCUUAAGAAGACACCAGCAGGUGCAGCCGCACGACACAUGCCAACCAGUUCCGAAGAUAAAACGCAAAGGACAUAG